AUGAGUUUCAAUAUAGGCAAAAAGAAUAACAACAACAACAAUAAAAACAAUAAUAAACAACAACAAUCUGAACAAAAGAUUAAAUUAGAAAAUGAUAGUAUAGAUAAUAAUGAUAGUAACAAUAAUAAUGAAAAUAUAGAUAAUAAUACAAAUACAAAAACAAAAGUUAAAAAAGAAAAUGAUGAACAACAAUACACAAAAGAAAGAACAGGUGCAAAGUUAUCAUUCACCCCAAAAGAAAAAGUAAAGAAAGAACCUAUUGAAAAGGCUACUGCAGAGAUUAAAAAGUAUACUAGAGGUGAUUUUGCAAAUCCAAAUAAUAUUAAAAACCCUGUACUUCAACAAAGAUUAAAGAAAUAUGAAAAGAAUAGAAAGGAAGCUGCAAAGAAGAAUCUUCAAUCUGAAUUAAUGCUUGCUGAAGGUAGUUCUGGAUUUAUUGAAGCAGAUAAAGGAGAGAAAACAUAUAAAUAUAAACAACAUCAAAUCGAAGAACAUGUAGAUUUACAAACAUCGGCCAAGAUGUUUGAAUUGGUAUUGACACCAAACGGACCAUUUGAAUUUGACUUUACUCGUAAUGGAAAGCAUUUAUUGAUAGCUGGUGAAUCUGGUUACGUUGCAACCGUCGAAUGGAAAAGAGGAAAGAAAUUCUUUGAGAAACAUUUACAAGAUUCAAUUAGAGAUGCUUGUUUCUUACAUAAUGAGACAAUGUUUGCAUUAGCACAAAAGAAUUUUGUUUAUAUUUAUGAUAAUCAAGGAACACAGUUACAUCAAUUAAAGAGUCAUCCUGAUCCUGGACACGUAGCAUUUUUGCCGUACCACUUUUUACUCUUGUCCACUUCGUUGAAUCCUCAUCGAUCGUUUAUUACUUAUGAGGAUGUGUCGAUUGGAUCGGUCGUUGCUAAACACGAGAUGAAGAGUGUGGCAACGGCGGUGACUGUCAAUGUCGCCAAUGGAGUCGUGCAUUCGGGUGAUGCGGCCGGUGUCGUCUCAUUGUGGACUCCCAACACCCCCAACCCCGUUGUCAAGAUUCUUGCACACAGUGGCAAUGUCACGGGUGUUGCAACAUCGCUCUCUGGUAAUUAUAUGGUGACUGCAGGCCACGAAGGUGUCGUCAAGGUAUUCGACCUCAGAAACUCGUUCCAAGAGAUGCAUUCGUACAAGCUAAAGGGACGUCCUACCUCUAUCUCGCUAUCUGAUACCAAUGUAUUGGCAGUUGCCAAUGGGACACAUACAGUCAUGUGGAAGAACCCCUUUGACACGGCUGUCGUCGAACCAUACCUCAAUCACCGUCAUUACGCCAACUCGACCGCCAAACGUGUCCGUUUCUGUCCCUUUGAAGAUUUCCUCGGUGUCAGUCAUGAACAUGGCUACAGCAGCUGGGUCGUGCCAGGCUCUGCCACGGCCAACUUUGACUCCAAGGAAGCCGACAUUUACGAAACCACCAAGGCCCGUAACGAACGUGAGGUUCGCCAACUCUUGGAAAAGAUUCCACACGAUAUGAUCCAUCUCAACCAAGAUUACCUCGGCAAGGUCGAUCAAAAGAUCUCGACCGAAGAAAAGAAAUUCAAGAGAGAAAUCAAGGCUCAACCAGACGCUCGUCGUAUGAAAUUCGAUCAAUCCAAGCGUGACCGUAUCACUGAAACUCGUUUGGCUGCAAAACAUGCUCGUGAAGAUGCUAUCCUAAAUCCAACUGAACAAGUUGAUGCUCUUUCAAGAUUUACAAAGAAAAGAAAAUAA